AUGCCAUCUGUGGCACCGAAACCCUGUGGAGCCUGUGCACCCGGUUCUGGAGGGUCGACGGGGUCGACGCCGAGCACCGCAGCACCCUUUUGGCUGAACGACACCCGCCGCUUGCGCGCGAGCACCGCAGCACCCUUUGAUCCUUGCGACAUAUUUGCGAUGAGGCCCGCCACGGCACGCGGUGGACGAGGGCAAUCGCCCCAGCGGGAUCCAGAGCUCAUGAGCCGAGUGAAGGAGUUGGAGACAGCUCAGAAGAACGAGGAGCGUCAGAAGAAGCUGGCGGAGCGGAAGCGCGUGCAGGAGUUGCGCGAGGCCAAGAAGAAGCUCAGCCGAGAGUUGCAGGCGGCCCAGCGCAGCUUGACCAAGAGCGAGCAGGAGGUGAACAAGCUCACGGGGCAGCUGGCGCGCACCGAGCAACAAGCCCAACAAGCCACGGUGAAGAAGAACCGUGAAGGCGAGAAGCACGAGGAAGGGAUUGGACGGAUUCGCCAGAAGCACGGCAAGGUGGGUGGUGUUCUGCGAGAGAAGAUGGCAAAUGUGGGACAAGCACGUGGCCGUUUGGCACACGUGCAAUUCGCCCUGUCAAUGCUGGAAAAGGGCGUGAUCAUCCAAGUGGGCGAGGCGGACCAGCAACCCGUGGAGCACACCGGCCCGCCGCAGCCGGUGCGCCGGCGCCGCCGCAGCGUGGGCACCGGUGAGGCCGGUGAGGGUGGCGAAGAAGAAUACUAUGAGGAGGGAGAAGCACUGGAAGGCGAAGAAGGCGAGACGCAGUCCGAAGGAUUCACGUGGAAUGCCGAGAUGCGUGAGGAGUUCGAACAGCUCAAGGAGGAUCGACAUUGA